CGCCGGCGGAGGGGAUUGGAGCGGCGGCGGCGUGCGGCGGCAGACUGGUGCAGCGCCUCGCGCUCGCGGCGAGACCUCCUCCUCUCGUCGUCGCCCUCCUCCUCCUCCUCCUCCUCCUGGGUGCCUUGACGACACCUCUCGGUCCCGCUCGUCGCCGCCACCGCAUCCCCGCCGACGCGGCGCUCGGAGGAGGAGGGAAGACGGAGCUGGGCCGCCGCCGUUACAGGGGUCCCCGGCUGCCGCCCGUCGCCCCCGAGGUCGACCCUCUGGCGGGGUCCCCGCUUUCUCCCGCCGCCGCCGCCGCCCGCGCCUGCCUGUCGCCGCGAUGGGGCUCCUGGACUCGGAGCCGGGCAGCGUCCUGAACGUGGUGUCCACGGCGCUCAACGACACCGUGGAGUUCUACCGCUGGACCUGGUCCAUCGCAGAUAAACGUGUGGAAAAUUGGCCUCUGAUGCAGUCUCCAUGGCCUACCCUAAGUAUAAGUACCCUUUAUCUCCUGUUUGUGUGGCUGGGUCCAAAAUGGAUGAAGGAUCGAGAACCUUUUCAGAUGCGCUUAGUGCUCAUUGUCUAUAAUUUUGGGAUGGUUUUGCUUAACCUUUUUAUCUUCAGAGAGUUAUUCAUGGGAUCCUAUAAUGCAGGAUAUAGCUAUAUUUGCCAGAGUGUGGAUUAUUCUAAUAAUGUUAAUGAAGUCAGGAUAGCUGCUGCUCUGUGGUGGUACUUUGUGUCUAAAGGAGUGGAGUAUUUGGACACUGUGUUUUUUAUCCUGAGGAAGAAAAAUAACCAAGUUUCUUUCCUUCAUGUAUAUCAUCACUGUACUAUGUUUACGUUGUGGUGGAUUGGAAUUAAGUGGGUUGCAGGGGGACAAGCAUUUUUCGGAGCCCAGAUGAAUUCUUUUAUCCAUGUGAUUAUGUACUCAUACUAUGGGUUAACUGCAUUUGGCCCAUGGAUUCAAAAGUAUCUUUGGUGGAAGCGAUACCUGACCAUGUUGCAGCUGAUUCAGUUCCAUGUCACCAUUGGGCACACAGCACUGUCUCUUUAUACUGAUUGCCCCUUCCCCAAAUGGAUGCACUGGGCUCUAAUUGCUUAUGCAAUCAGCUUCAUAUUUCUCUUUCUUAACUUCUACGUUCGGACAUACAAAGAGCCUAAGAAACCAAAAACUGGAAAAACAGCUGUGAAUGGCAUUUCUGCAAAUGGUGUGAUCAAAUCAGAAAAACAGCUAGUGAUAGAAAAUGGAAAAAAGCAGAAAAAUGGAAAAGCAAAAGGAGAGUAAAUUGAACUGGGCAUUAACUGUUGUUGAUGGUGAGAAAACUCCUAUGUCAUAUAAAAUUUCAGGGAAAACAAGCAAAGGAGGGCUUGGGGAUGGGGAGAAAAGGCAAAUGUGCUCUCUCUACUAGUAUCCUUUAGACUGAGUAAACUGUAAAGUAUAAUCCCCAGAUGUUUUAUUUAUGAAGUUUUCAUUUUAAACAUUUUUUAAAUUAGCCUUGAUGUUGUUCAGACCAAAGCAAUCAUUAUGUGACUUUGGAGACUUUCGCCCUGUUCACAUCCAGUUGUCUAAAGGAUGAGAAUUUUUUUUACGUAUCUUAAUAUUCACCUGUUCUUCAGUCUGAAUUUUAGACGAUCACAGAAACAUAGUCUUUAUGAAGUUUUUUGAUAAAUUAAUUGCUACUGAUGGAAAUCAGUUACCUUGUAUUUUCUUGUUAUAACCUGGAAAUAUGGAUACAUUUAAAUUUGUGCAUUUGAAUUCAUUUGCUGACCAGAAUGGUCAAAUGUCUUCACCUCUAGUCAGAAUAUACCAUUUUGGUUUCAAUUAAAUUUUAAAAAUCCGCUGAUCUCUGUAGAAUCUUAGAUGCUUGAUGAUGAUGGUUUUGGUGAAAAUAAGAAAGAAUUACAGUAAAAUCCUGUCUGGUAACUCAAAGGUCACCAUGACUUGAGGCGCAAAUCACUGUGGGGAAACAAUUUUUGUGAUGAAAAGGCAGCCUUUGAAUACUCCUAUUGCUAGCAGAAAUUUAUUAUGAAAAUUAAGAUUAUUGUCUGAUUAAAACAUGAAACAACUCAUGUCUUUAUUAGUAACAUCAUAAGAUAGUUACAUUUACAUGCUGUUAGAGGAGAGUAUGUUGAUUUUUAUCAGGCUUUCCUUGUUUUGAUUUGUGGCUGUUACUGAUUUUUCAUAUGUGGAAAAAUACCUACCUCUUCUGUUGGAAAGAACAUAUAAAAUUAAAUAAAUUUUAAUGAAAAAAAUCAAGGAGUCCUCUAAUGUAAAUUUUAAUAUUAACUCUCAAAUCCACUAGUAUUUUUUUUUUUUUUGCUUUUUUCAACAAAUGGCAUACACCUAACAUUUCUGUGGAAACUAUCCUUCUCUUUCGAUAUGUUUAAUUUUGGAGUGAUAUUUUCCUUGUGACUAAGUUGCAAGAUCUUAUUUAUUAACUAUAUAGAAAGUAUAAACCCAUUUUGGUGCAAUAUUCUUGACUCCUUGGUGCUAAAGAUUGUUAAAUUCAGUGCUUGAUGUUACAAGGUGUUAAUUGUUAAAAUGAGUAAAAGGGAAGUGUAGUCAGAACUAUAAAAUUAAAUUUUCUAUUUACAAAUGAAAUAUUUCAUGUAAUAUAAAUGAACAACUGGAAAUAAAAUAGGGAAGGGAACUUAUACCAUGUUUUAUUACAUAGGUUAAUUUGUUAGGAGAUGUUGCACAGGGAUCAUUAUAGAAAGAGAAAAUGUGACAAAAAAAGCAUGAAUAUUACUAAGUAUCUCACCAACAUGUCAAAACUGCAUGUGUAGGAUGUAUGCUGUUUGUACAGGAAAACUAUUUCAGAACAUUUUGUAAACUAUAAAAUAUUUAUUGUGCAUUAAAAUUAUAUACUUUUCCCCCAAAGGCAUGCAGUCAUGAGAAUUAUAGAAAAUUUGCCACACACACAGUAGUUUGGUCUUAGAGGAUUCAACACUUUUGUUUUUGCUCCUCAGUGUGUAAUGACUAGAGAUUUGUAAAUCUUUGUGAACAAUCUGUACUGGUUCCCAAGAGCUGUUCAUUCCCUGCUACCUGAUUUCAGCACAAUAAAUACACUACUGCUGUGGGAAAAAUAA